GCACUCACUAGUCCAUUCCGAGCGGAGACCUCACGACAAGACAUAACAGUAGGAGCACUAUAUUUCUGCGAGUCUCAGUGUGUUUCUAUUUGACAGAUUGUAGUAUCGAAAUUAAUAUGUUUUCUAUACGGCAAGUGGUUAGUAUAAGCGUUUUCGUGUUGUGUUUGACUCGAGUUACAGUUUCGCAGAAUGAAGAGUAUGAGAUAAAAAAAAUAUUCUCCUCGUGUAAGAAGAGAUCGUCAGAUUUCGAUGGCUGUGUGAAACGAGCAUUCAACAAGCUCAGGCCAUUCUUCAAAAAGGGAAUUCCUGAAAUGGGAGUAGCACCGUUUGAUCCCCACUUCGCUCCAGAAGUGAAGCAGACGAGAUCAAUAGCCGGGAUGGGCUACACUCUCACAUUAAAAAAUGUUUAUGAGAGGGGAUGGACACAAUCUACUGUUACCAAAUACAAAACGGAUUGGGAGAAUCAAAGGAUUAUUUAUUCGCAAUAUUUUCCCGAAAAGACGCUGGAAGGUGACUAUGAGUUUAAGGGAGGCGCAUUCGGUCUAGACGUGCUCCGAGGCGGCCAUUGGAACCUCACGCUGCGCGACUAUUCUCAGACUACCCGCAUUAAGCGUAACGGGAGCGGAGUGGACGUCCACGUAGAGAUUGACCACAUCGGGGACAUGGACAUACACAUCAGCAACUUGCUAAGAGGAAGAAGCAUAAUGGAGAGUGUUCUGGACCGUAUCAUAAACGCCACGUGGAAACCGGGUUUCGCGGUGAUCAGACCGCUCAUCAACGACUUGGUGAGCACAGCGUUCACCGACCUCUGGAGUAAAUCAUUCAAGGACUUUCCCGUCGAUGCGUUCAUACAAGAUUAAUUUUGUUUCAAUUACCAAUGUGCCAGAAAUCUUUACCUCUUAGUUUAGUACAAAUGUUUCGGGCCCAACGUUCAUGACGCAUGAGACAUAUAGUAUACAAAACGAGAUUAAUGAUAUAUUAUCACUAAUCAACGUUAGACUAAUUCGAUAUUUUAUUUUACUAGUAAUUACCUACUCUCAUUUGGCCAGGGUAAGGAUUAACAAAAAUAAUGUCAGAAUAGAAAUAAAAAAAAGAAUUAGUUCAUAAGUUAGAUAACAACAUGAACAUCAAAAACCUUACUAAACCUGUUUUUGUCUAAUCAGCAGAGAAAAUUUAAAAUAUUAAAUUUUCAGUAAUACUGAUCUUCAAAACAGUGCAUAUUUUGGCAACAUUAAUAUCGCAUCCAACAUCUUGUUCUACAUGGAUUAUUUAAAAUAUGGUAUCUUUAUCCAGAGCCCAACAUAGAUCUUUUAACGAUUUUUUUUUUUUUUGAGUGUUCUGACUCAGAAGUUACUUAUAACUUUUAAGGUAACUUUUAAAAUUUCAUUACUUCUUCCUAAAAUGUGCUUCUUUUAUUACCGUUGUUAAAUCAUCAAAAAAAUCAAGGCCAAUUUAUACAAAUUCAAACAAAUAUUUCCUAUCCCAAACACAGAAGACCUGUGAGAUCAAUAACAGCACUAAAGUAAUUUAAGAGUAAAUUGUACAGAUUAUUAUUUAGAUUUAAGUUAUAACCAAUGUCGACAACAUAAGCUAGUCUUGUAAAUAUUAUGGAGGUUUGUGAAUAAAAAACAUAAAUAUAUUACAUAUCUCAA